CUCUCUCCACUGCCUCCUGUUUAUGAUCCAUCAACAAAAUGUACAAGUUAAAAAUUAAAAAAUUAAUUUUAUAACAUGUAAGGAGCGGAGAGAGAAGGGAAACACUUUCUGCUUCUGCUCAAUCUCCUACUAAAUUAGUGGUAUUUCCCCUCUUCUCUUUCUCUUUCCUCUAUCUCUGUCUCUCGUCUCCCUUUAUAUCCUAUAAUAACAACUCAACAAUCAAGAAGAUCAGAUCCAAGAAGAGGAUUAUCUGUCUAUCUAUAUAUCCACUGAUCAGUCACUCCAUCAAUCAAAUCAACAAACAAAAGAAUCAAAAACAUGUCCUCCUCAUCAGCUGCCUUUUCACCGGACCACCUCUCUCCCUCCGACCAGCUUUAUUACGUCCAUUGCAACUUUUGUGACACUGUCCUCGCGGUGAGCGUCCCUUGCUCUAGCUUGUUCAAGACCGUGACGGUCCGAUGCGGCCACUGCAGUAACCUCUUGACCGGGAACAUGCGUAGCCUGCUUCUUCCUGCGGCUAACCAGCUCCACCUUGGUCAUGCUUUCUUCAAUCCGCAGAACAUCCUGGAGGAGAUUCGCAGCGCAGCACCACCGAAUAUGAUGAUAAAUCAGCCCAACCCAAAUGACCCACUUAUGCCAGUGAGAGGAGGCAUGGAGGAGCUCCCUAAGCCACCGGUGGUGAACAGACCUCCGGAGAAGAGACAGAGAGUCCCAUCUGCCUACAACCGCUUUAUCAAGGACGAGAUCCGACGCAUCAAAGCUGGAAACCCUGAUAUAAGCCACAGAGAGGCCUUUAGUGCAGCUGCAAAGAAUUGGGCCCACUUUCCACACAUCCACUUCGGACUUGUGCCUGAUCAACCCGUGAAGAAAACUAACGUGCGCCAGCAGGAAGGAGAGGACGUUCUCAUGAAAGAUGGGUUUUUUGCUCCUUCCAAUCUGGGCGUUGCCCCCUUCUAAUAAGUGCAACUCUUCCUUUUCAUCUUCUCUUCUCCUCUUCAACUGUUAAUUUUUAGGCUUUCUUCCCAGGAGACUACUAAAGACAACGCAUGGGUAUUUAUUAGUUGGUUUACGUUAUUAAUGUGUUUGUGAGAGGAGUUUUCAAGCUUAAUUAACUGCUAAUCUCCCUUUAACAGUAAGAAAAGGAAGGUUGUGGGCUCUUUGGAAUUCUUGCAAUGUUAUCACCACUGAUAAUGACUCCUCCUAUCUAACUAUUCAACCUCUCAUUACAUUUUGACUUUUC